GACUGCUCUCAUUGGUCGAGUGGACAGGAGGUGUGUAAGAAUAAUGCAAUGAUAAGCUGGGGAUAAUUCGACGCAGCACCAACAUAAACACGGACAAUCAGAGAGACUGCAACAGAACGUUGAACAAUGUUGUCACGAGGCAUUUUUAAGAUUAUUCACCGCUCUAAUUUCGGGACAUUGCACUCACGUGUCCCUUUAAGCAGAAUUGUUGUAAAAUCAUCCUCAGCUUCUCACACACACUAUAGUAGCAGCAGUACAGAGGGCAUCAGCCGCUAUCCUGUACCCAAUAAGAAGACUCUGCCUUUUGAUAUUGUUAAGCUGAUGGAUGAAGUUGAAGAGAAGGAUGGAUUUCUCCACAAUGUGUUCAAGGUUCUGUCUCAUCGUCCUGAUGAGUUUCGUCCUUUCUUUUCUCUUUACAAUGCCAUCAUGAACAAGGAAACUGGUGGUCUGUCAAAAGCGGAUCGGGAACUGAUUGCUGUCGCAACAAGUGCUCACAAUCACUGCCUGUAUUGUGUCGUAUUCCACAGUGCAUUGCACCGCAUCUAUUCCAAAAAUCCUAUACUGUCUGACCAGGUUACAGUGAAUUACAAAGUUGCCGAGCUAACAGCCCGUGAGCGAGCAAUGCUUGACUUUGCUUUGGCAGUAUGCAGGAGCGAAACAAUAACUGAAGAACAUUUCAGCACCCUGGAGACUCAUGGAUUUGACCGUGAAGAUAUUUGGGACAUUGCUGCCAUUGCUGCUUUCUUUGCCAUGGCCAACCGCUUGGCCCACCUGACUGAUAUGAGACCUAAUACAGAGUUCUACAGUAUGGGCCGAGUGCCAAAAGACGAAACAAAAACAUCUGAUGGGCAAGUGAAUGGGGAUUAGGAUAAUAUCAGGUUAAUUUUUCACAACAUUAGAUGGUUAAUGGCUGCAAAAAAAUAUGCCUUUAAAAAUGUCACCCCUUUCUGACACUUGCACUACUGUAUGCACCUUUUGGUUUUGUGGUAUUGUGAUUGAUACUAAAAUACAGUUACACACAUAAUUAAUGUCUUUUUAAGUAUCAUCUGUCAGUCUUUGAAUUCUAUUAGUUACGUAAUUUUUUUUUUUUAUUUCUCACUGUCUUUUUUGUCGGCCUGAAAUUUUUGGGAUUUGUUCAUUUAUUAGAAGAAGAAUAUAUCCAGUUGCAGAAAAACAGUCCUGAAUAAAAAAUCCUUUGAUAAAAAGUUUGCAAUUCAUUUGGAUGUUUUCAUGAACGGUUGAAUGGUUCCAGACAGAAAGUAAAGUGUUUGGGACAGUGGGAACAGACAAAUGUUCAUGCAUGAUAUAUAACAUGUUGUGUCCUUGUGGCAUUACAGCAGAGCAGAAGGACAAAACUCUGACAUGCAUCCAUCACAGAUGUACAGACAUAUACAGUUGAAAGAAAAAGUAUGUGAACCCUUUGGGCUUACUUGGAUUUCUUCAUAAAUUGGUUAUAAAAUGUGUUCUGAUCUUCAUCUAAGUCACAACAAUAGAGAAACACAGUCUUCUUAAACUAAUACCGGCGUAGUCGUCCUGUUAAGAUGACGGCAAGAGCACAGCGCAGAAUGCUCAAUGAGGUGAAGAAGAAUCCUAGAGUGUCAGCUAAAGACUUACAGAAAUCUCUGGCACAUGCUAACAUUUUUGUUGACAAAUCUACAAUAAGGAAAACAUUAAACAAGAAUGGACUUCAUGGGAGGACACCACAGAGGAAGCCACUGCUGUCCAAAAAAAAAACAUUGCAGCACGUUUGAAGUUUGCAAAAGAGCACCUGGAUGUUCCACAGCACUACUGGCAAAACAUUCUGUGGACAGAUGAAACCAAAAUUGAGUUGUUUGGAAAGAACACACAACGCUAUGUGUGGAGAACAAAAGGCACAGCACACUAACAUCAAAACCUCAUCCCAACUGUGAAAUAUGGUGGAGGGGGCAUCAUGGUUUGGGGCUGCUUUGCUGCCUCAGGCCCUGGACGGAUUACUGUCAUCGAUGGAAAAAUGAAUUCCAAACUGACCGUUGUGCAGGUCUGAUCUGCAACUUUAGGAAACGUUUGGUUGAGGUUAUUGCUGCCAAAGGAGGGUCAACCAGUUAUUAACCCAAAGGUUCACAUACUUUUUCCACCCUGCACUAUGAAUGUUUACAUGUUGUGUUCAAUAAAAACAUGAAAACGUAUAA